GAUUGGUCCAGACACGGGCCGUGUUUGAUAACACACCGAGCUCUCUGCUGUGAUGAGGGCCCUCAUUUACAUCUAACCUAUCAUCGGGAACGCCUCUCACACACCUAGACAGAAUUACAGGAUUUUACUGCAUAGUUGAAGGGAAACACUGCGCAGUCCUCAAGUUUCUCCUUUGUUUGCACCGACAAGGUGAUGUCCAGAGUCUGUCUUGCCCGUCUGGCCAGGUGUACCAGGCCUCAUGGCCACAGCAGCCUUUUGCAGAAGCCAUCAAUCCAGCAACUGCUUCAGCAAGACAAUCGGAUACCAAGGAGACAUCUUCACAGCCCUACAGAGAAGCGUCCAAGCAAUACACGCUUUGAUCCAGACGGUAGUGGCAGGCCCACUACUUGGGACUCUUUUGGCAUCUGGGACAAUCGCAUUGAUGAACCAAUUCUGCUGCCGCCCAGCAUUCGCUAUGGCAAGCCCAUUCCCAAAGUGAGUUUGUCCAGAGUAGGCUCUGCCUCACUUAUUGGUCAACGCAAAGAGAAUGAAGAUCGUUUCCAGGUCUCCCAAAUGACUGACAGCAUUAUGUACUUUGCUGUGUUUGAUGGCCAUGGAGGGCCAGAGGCAGCUGACUUCUGUGAGAAAUACAUGGAAACCUUUAUCAAGGACCUUGUGUCAGAGGAGGAGAAUUUGGAAACGGUUUUAACAAAAGCUUUUCUUGAAAUCGACAAAGCUUUUGCAAAGCACCUUCACUUCUUUCCCAAUUCGCCUGCCACAAAUGCAGGCACCACAGCCACUGUGGCGCUGCUCAGAGACGGCAUUGAGCUGGUGGUAGGCAGUGUGGGGGACAGCCGGGCCAUGCUGUGCCGUCGGGGAAAGGCCCUAAGGCUCACAGAUGAUCACACUCCAGACAGGAAAGACGAAAAGAUAAGAGUAAAGAAGAGUGGGGGUUUCAUCACCUGGAACAGCCUGGGCCAGCCUAAUGUCAAUGGCAGGUUGGCAAUGACCCGUAGUAUUGGAGAUUUUGACUUGAAGAACAUGGGUGUGAUUGCUGAACCUGAAACCAAAAAAGUAAAUCUGCACCAUGUCCAUGACUCAUUCUUGGCACUGACAACAGACGGCAUCAACUUUAUAAUGAACAGCCAGGAAAUCUGCAAUGUCAUCAAUCAGUGCCAUGACCCUAAGGAAGCGGCUCAGAGGAUCUCAGAACAGGCCCUGCAGUACGGCGCUGAGGACAACAGCACAAUUAUCGUGGUGCCCUUUGGCGCAUGGGGAAAGCACAAGAGCUCCGACUCCAACUUUUCAUUCAGCCGCAGUUUUGUGUCGAGCGGUCGCUGGGCGUAGUCUUUCAGACACUGAAGAAAUGAGGUCCGUGGACCCAACAUUUUGUGCAAUACAGUCCCUCAAUGGUGCUCUUUGUGCGCUAUUCUGAAAAGUGGUUAGCCCAAAACAAAAAUAUCUAAGGCUUCCAGCAUUUAGAGUAGUAUGAUAUUUAUUAAUCUCUGUCUUGUGAAGCAGUGAAUUCAUGAUGUGCACUUAACAAGGCAUUCGUACAAAGUUGUAUUUAUGAGCCAAUGACCUUAUCAGAAGUUCCCGAUAGCAGAAACUCCGGGGAGAUUUAACUGUGAGCAACGUAUUAAGUAAUUACUGCUAACCAAGUGUUUUAUUUGAUUUAUUUGUCUAUUAUAAUUUGAAAUGUAAAAAGUCAGUAUAUCAAAAAUCUAAGUCAGUCUAAAACAUUCAACAUUUUUUGUGUUUGUGGUACUUAGAGAAAAAAGGUAAAUCGUAAUAUGGUAGUACAUGGUUUGAUUAACUGGCAAUACUUACAAAAAGAACUGAAAUUGUUUUUGUAAUGGCAGUCAGUGGAGACAAUAGGUAUCAUGAGAGUGGGAUUGGGAUAUUUCAGGAUUUUAAACUAAAUUAUUUAAAAUGUCUAAGCUUCUUUAGUAUCUUCCAUUGGAAGUUACAGCAGGCAUUCAUUGUUUUUACGUCUACGUCUAUUCUUGAAGUUUCUUUUUUAAUGCUCCUGCUGCUGUUAAUAACUUAUUUCUCAGAAACAUUAGUGAAUGCCCAGUUGCACAAGUUUAAUGGCCUCGGAAAUGCUAACAAUUCUGAAUGUUUUGUAUCUUGAAAAACAGCUUUUGUGAAUAGUUGGACAAAUCUGUAUUUUAUUCGUAUCAUUCACGUAAUUAAGGCUGCAACUAUUUGUUUUCCAGAGAUUAUAUUUAAUAACAUUGCAAAGAAAACUGUGCUAUAGUACAUUUUUCGGUGUACUUGCAGAAUUUAAUAUUGAAUGAAAUCACUACCAAAAAUGUCAGUAUUAAUAGUUGCUUCAUUAAUUGUACUAUCUUUAAAUGUGUACAGCUGUGCUAUUGUGACUUACCAUGUGGAAGCGGUCAGAACUGUAUAAAAUAGGUUUUGUAUAUAAUUCUAUUUAUGUACAUUGAAAAUCUGUUACAUUUAUGUACCAAUAGAAACUGUGUUUGAAUCCUAUGUUGUAAUAUGUCAUUUUUAUUACAAUCUGUGGAACUAUAGAAGACAAAGCACACUUAAUGCAACACUAAAGAUUUGUCUGUGAGCCAUGUAUGACAUUGUGAAUGUUUUCUGAUGAGGCUGUACAAUAGAAAACAGAUUUCAUUGAUUAAAUACCACUAAAAAAUAAUACCUCUUAAUGAUAAUGCUCUAAAUUUAGAAAUUUACACAAAUACAAGUAUGGAUUAUUUGAAAUUAGAAAUCAGUUAAGCUGAUGAAAGAUUUUAACAAUUUGAUAUUUUAUGCAAUAUUGUACAGCCCUGCUUGCUUUUCUACCAUCCAACUUUGUUUUGGCCAUUCAAGCGUCACAUGUCAACAUACAUGUUAGGACUGUGCGAUAAUCGUAAAAAACUAAUGUUUUUUCUAUCUUUUGUUUUUGCAUUUUGUAACAUCUCCUUAUAGUUUGUUUAAUUCUCUUUUGUUUUCUUUGUGACUUGGUACAAUGAUUUUGGUUAAAACAAUUCUCAAUAAACAUGAGCAUA